UGACAAAGCCCGCCAUCAGGAACUUAAGGGUGGAAGCCACAACUCAGACGUUGACAUGGGAUGUGGAUGGGAAUGUAACCGGUAUUCAGUGCCAGAAAGGUCCAGACUAUGGAAUACAUGCGAUGAGUGAUCGCUACUGCCAGUUCGAAGCCAUUUCCUUCUGUGAGGUGACCAACUACAGCGUCACGGCCGCCAGCCCGCCCUUCUCGGCCUGGAUCCUCUUCCCGGAGGCCGGUGGGAAUCCGCAGGCAGCCGCGCAGAACCUGACGUGCUGGGUCCACGGGGUGGACCUGAUGACCUGCAGCUGGGCCGUGGGUCCCGAGGCCCCCGGGGACGUCCAGUACCACCUGUCGGUCAGCCAUCGCGAUGGCCAGGAGCAGCACCCCUGUGUCCACUACAACAGGAAUCAGCGAGGGACUCACAUUGGCUGCGUGUUCAGUGACAUCUCUGGCAUCUCCAGAGGGUCGCCAUCAGCCUUUAUCCUAGUGACAGGCUCCAGCGAGGCCUUCCGCGUCCCCUGCGUAGACCAGCUUGUCGUGUUUUCGGUGAUUGAGAUACUAACUCCGCCCAACUUGACCGCCAAGUGUAAUAAAACACAUUCUUUCAUGGAGUGGAAAAUGAGAAGUCAUUUCAAUCGCGACUUUCACUAUGAGCUUCAGAUACAAAAGAGCAAGCAGCCUGUAAUCACAGAACAGGUCAAAGGCAUAACCUCCUUCCAGCUGCUCAAUCCCGGAACGUACACAGUGAGAAUAAGAGCCCAGGAAAUCUAUGAGCAAUUCUGGAGCGCCUGGAGCAGCCACCAGCGCUUUGAGUGUGAUCAGGAGGAGGACCCGCACACCCGAGCCUGGCGGACGUCACUGCUCAUCGCGCUGGGGACGUUGCUGGCCGUGCUCUGUGCUGUCCUGCUCUGCAAAAGGUACCUCGUGAUGGAGAGACUGUUUCCCCGUCUCCCUCACAUGAAAGACCCCAUGGGGAACGGCUUCCGAAACGACAAGCUGGUGGUCUGGGAGGCGGGCAGAGCCGGCCUGGAGGAGUGCCAGGUGACGGAGAUACAGGUCGUGGAGAAAAGCUGAGACCCGGCUCGGGGCCAAUCAGGGCUGCCUGCCUCUCCCUGGCCUGGGCGGGGCGCCCACACAUUCUGGGUGCCGGACGCACGUUCCUGACGGUGGUGGGCACGGGAGAGGCCCCUGCUGUUCCGUCCCAAGCUGUCGGGAAGAGGAAAGAACAGACCUGUGUGUGUUUCUUUCGCAAUAAACUGCUUUUUU